AAAGAAUAAAAUAAAAGUAUGGCAGUUUUGGAAAUAAAAUAUCUUCCUUUUGAAGCAAUAAAAACGUUAGUUAUAUAGUCCGUAUAUAGAUAAGUCAGGAGCAUUAUGCUGUUUCUUCAAUCUAUUGGGCAAUACAAUGGAGCCAUACGCUGAUGUGAAUUGUAUUUUGAGAGUGAAUACUAAUUGUGGUGCAUGUAAGUGCAAGAUGGUUGAAGUUAUAAGCUCUAUCUCUGGUGUAUAUUCGAUUAGCAUUGAUGGGGAUGAGAAUUUACUGAAAAUCUGUGGAGAAGUGGAUCCUAAUCGUCUAUUGAGUGCACUAUCAAGAGAAGGCGAACACGCAGAAAUAGUGAAAGCCCAUCUGAAGCACCCUGGGCUGCGACGUAAUUCGAUGUAUCCUCAAGGCUCUGCCCGCGGGCAUGGCUAUGGUCGCUCGAUGUAUGGUCAUGAUGCUUCCUAUGGUCAUGGACAAUUGAUGUAUGGUCAUGGCCAUAAGCCCCAUUAUGGUCAUCAAGCAUAUCCUAUAAGGGGAGCCCUUCCUUAUCAUGCUAACCAUCCAUUUGACUAUCAUUCCACAAAUGUUAGGUCAAACGCCUAUCCUUUCUAAAGAGGCCAGACGGAGAGGAUUGAACUUGUGACACAACCUCAACGUGGACGAGAUACAGGCAUACACAGCUCCUUAAGUUUCAACACCAAAAACCUAAACUAGAUAUACAGCGUUUGAGAUUUUUAGUAACUGCACAUUUACUUGGUAUUUUCCAUGUUAAGAUUUUGAGUUAUUGACUUAAUGGAUCGUGUCGUUUGAAAGAUGGAGAAAUCUGUCUCGAUCAAAGUAAAUGUUUUACGAAGUAUUCCUCCAUCCCCUAUUAUUGUUUCACUUCUUAUUCGCUUGAUCAAUACAAAUCACUCUUAAUCUCUUA